AUGAAUAACAUAGAAAAUCUUAAUGCAAGUAAUGCGAAAACGAGCUCACAAUCGUCUCCGUCUUUGGAGACGUACUUGACCUCUGCACUGUUUGUGGUCAUUGCUGCCAUCUCAGUUUUUGGCAACAUUCUCAUUAUGAUGGCGAUCUUUAUUAACAGAAGAUUGCGAACGACAAGUAAUUAUUUGCUCGUUGCGCUGGCAGUACCGGAUUUCUUUCAGGGAGCUGUUUCGCUUCCUCUGAGGCUUGUAGAAGUGUUGGACACGAAAUCCGAUCAUGCGUCAUUCUGUCGCGUGGCAAUACCACUUUCGACUCUUUUCGGCGGCACUUCAAAUCUUCACAUCUUACUGAUAGCUACGGAGAGGUUUAUCGCCAUUUGCUGGCCAUUCUUCUACUGUAACUGGGUUACCACCAAAAACGCCUUAGUGGGCGUCGGCGGAACUUGGGUUUUUAUGAUAAUUUUCUCGCUUUUGCCAAGUCUUGGAUGGGGUGGAAAACAACCUGAAGCCUCCGUCAAAUUUUGCCGAUUUCCAGUAUUUCUCACGCAAGAAUACAUAACAAGUCUGUAUGUAUUCGUUCAUGCUUUUCCUAUCAUUACAGUUAUCUUCCUG